CUCCCUUCCCUACCCCGCGACCGGCCGCCUCGCCCGCCCGCAGCGGAGGAGGACGCGGAGAGCGGCGGCAGCGGCCGGGGCAGGCGGCGGCGGCCGAGGCUUCAGCCAUGGCCUCGGGCGACACCCUCUACAUCGCCACGGACGGCUCGGAGAUGCCGGCCGAGAUCGUGGAGCUGCACGAGAUCGAGGUGGAGACCAUCCCCGUGGAGACCAUCGAGACCACCGUGGUGGGCGAGGAGGAGGACGACGAGGAGGAUGACGAGGACGGCGCGGGAGGCGGCGGCGGCGGGGGGGGCGGCGGCCACGGCGGCCACCACCACCAUCACCACCACCACCACCACCACCACCACCCGCCCAUGAUCGCGCUGCAGCCGCUCGUGACGGACGACCCCAGCCAGGUGCACCACCACCAGGAGGUGAUCCUGGUGCAGACCCGCGAGGAGGUGGUGGGCGGCGACGACUCGGACGGCCUGCGGGCCGAGGACGGCUUCGAGGACCAGAUCCUCAUCCCCGUGCCCGCGCCGGCCGGCGGCGAGGAGGACUACAUCGAGCAGACGCUGGUCACGGCCGCGGCGGCCGGCAAGAGCGGCGGCUCGUCGUCGUCCGGCGGCGGCCGCAUGAAGAAGGGCGGCGGCGGGGGCAAGAAGAGCGGCAAGAAGGGUUACCUGAGCGGCGGCGGCGGCGGCGGGGCGGGCGGCGGCGGCGGAGGCGGCGGGGCCGAGCCGAGCGGCAGGAAGUGGGAGCAGAAGCAGGUGCAGAUCAAGACCCUGGAGGGGGAGUUCUCCGUCACCAUGUGGGCCUCAGGCCAUACCCCAUGCCUGGAACAGACUCCCUCCACAUCUCCGUCUGCUGAAAUCCUUCUCUUCCUUCAAGACUCAGAUGAUAAAAAAGAUAUUGACCAUGAGACAGUGGUGGAAGAACAGAUCAUUGGAGAGAACUCACCUCCUGAUUAUUCUGAGUACAUGACAGGCAAGAAACUUCCCCCUGGAGGAAUACCUGGCAUUGACCUCUCAGAUCCUAAGCAACUGGCCGAAUUUGCUAGAAUGAAGCCAAGAAAAAUUAAAGAAGAUGAUGCUCCAAGAACAAUAGCUUGCCCUCAUAAAGGAUGCUCAAAGAUGUUCAGGGAUAACUCUGCCAUGAGAAAACAUCUGCACACCCAUGGUCCUAGAGUCCACGUAUGUGCAGAAUGUGGAAAGGCUUUUGUUGAGAGUUCAAAACUAAAACGGCAUCAACUGGUUCAUACUGGAGAGAAGCCCUUUCAGUGCACGUUCGAAGGCUGUGGGAAGCGCUUUUCACUGGACUUCAAUUUACGCACACAUGUGCGAAUUCAUACUGGAGACAGGCCCUAUGUGUGCCCCUUCGACGGCUGUAAUAAGAAGUUUGCUCAGUCAACUAACCUGAAAUCUCACAUCUUAACACAUGCUAAGGCCAAAAACAACCAGUGAAAAGAAGAGGGAAGAAUGUUCUCGAACUCGAAGCAUCUUACAGGAGUAUGAUUGGAAAUAAAUAUGCCUCUCCUUUGUAUAUUGUUUCUAGGAAAGAAUUUUUAAAAAAAAAAAUUGAAUCCUACACACCUAAAGGACAUGUUUUGAUAAAGUAGUAAAAAUAAAAAAAAAAUCACAAAACAAAAAAAAAAAAAACAAAAAAAAUCUUUUAAGAUGACAUUGCUAAGAUGCUCUAUCUUGCUCUGUAGCCCAGUUUCAAGAACACGGUGUUUUGUAAAGUGCAGCCCCAAUAGGAGGCUAAUUCAUGAACUCGCAUCAAAAAGACAAUUCUUUAUACGACAGUGCUAAAAAUUGGACUUCUUUUCACAUUCUUAUAAAUAUGAAGCUCACCUGUUGCUUACAAUUUUUUUAAUUUUGUAUUUUCCAAGUGUGCAUAUUGUACACUUCUUGGGGAUAUGCUUAGUAAUGCUAUGUGUGAUUUUUUCCGGAGGUUGAUAACUUUGCUUGCAGUAGAUUUUCUUUAAAAGAAUGGGCAGUUACAUGCAUACUUCAAAAGUAUUUUCCUGUAAAAAAAAAAAAGUUAUAUAGGUUUUGUUUGCUAUCUUAAUUUUGGUUGUAUUCUUUGAUGUUAACACAUUUUGUAUAAUUGUAUCGUAUAGCUGUAUUGAAAUCAUGUAGUAUCAAAUAUUAGAUGUGAUUUAAUAGUGUUAAUCAAUUUAAACCCAUUUUAGUCACUUUUUUUGGAAAAAUACUGCCAGAUGCCGAUGUUCCGUGUAAUUUCUCUUUGCCUGUUCAGUUACAGAAAGUGGUGCUCAGUUGUAGAAUAUAUUGUACAGGCAUUGACUUUUUAUUAACACCCAGUAUGUACAUCCCAUGUAAUAGAAAGGACAACAAUAAAAUAGUGGUCCUAAAGGAAGAAGAUGGCAGAAAAUGAUCUGUAAGCACAGUCCUUUUUUUUUUUUUUUUCGUCCAGAAUAAUAAUUCUUAAGCCUCCCAGAAAUUAGAAGCUAAAUAAAGCUACUCAAGUUUCCUUUACUUUUGCAUUCAAUUACAGUGAUUUGUGAUGAAAGCGGUGCCUGAAAUUUGCAGACCAUUGUAUAUUUAAGAUCUGCCUACAGUCAGGAUAGGUAAUGGGCAUCUUGGGUUAGAGAUACUUGAGCGCUCCUCAAUUCAGGAUGGUUGAAUUGUCCUUGGUGAUGUAUUUGUUCUUUCAGCACCCACCCCUGCCAUGGCAAAGCCACUCAAUGAAGCUGUGUUGACAGUGACCAUCCUUAUGUGCUUUGUCGAGGUAAGAUAUUCCCAGUGGCAUUUGGGGUCUGCAGAGGGGUUGGAGGGAGGGCAGGGGCGGUGAGGCAGUGCACAGAAGAGAUUGGGUUACUCAUUACUCCAGUGAGGUUGUAUAUUCAGACCUUUAUUUACAGCCUUGAAGUUGCCUUCAAGGUCAUCAGUGAGCCUUUGAGCCUUCCCCUUAAUGUAUUUGUUUCUCCUGUAAAGGAAUGGGCUGUUUCUAAGCCUUUGUUCCUCUCUCCAUUAAAGUCUUUCAAUGCUAGUUUCCUCACUGGUACCAGUCAGAGUCACUGAAGAACUGGUAACCUGCAUGCUUCCGAAUAGACAGUGAGUGCAAUUUUGCAAGGUGACUAUCAUUAGACUGUUACAAAAUUGUACUCAGGGAAUAUUUUACCUCUCAUGUUGUAGGUAUGAUUAUAAUCUCGGAAUUUUUAUUCAAGGAAUAAAAUUAAGUAUCAGACACAUUGAAAUAUUUUUUACAAACUGCCACAAUACAGUAAAUUCCUUAUCCAAACAGCCAGAUGCUUUUUUCUAUGUCAGUGCUUUUAUGAGAGACUGAAACAAGUAAAGUAGCUGUUAUCAGUGAUUUCUUUAUUGAAAAAUAAUUUUUAGGCUAUAUCAGGGUUAAUUGAUUCAGUCCAUCUAUUCCAUCUCCUAAACUUUCUACAUGUAUUGUCCCAUACAAUAAUCAUCACUUAGACUUUCGCAGGGCCUCAGGGUCAUCAUAAGUGCCUUCUGAAUCAUUAAGAAAGGUUAGGUUGAUUUUAGUAUUUUGGUGGUAUAUGAGAAAUAACUGUGGACUAAGUGGAUUUAAUUAUGUAAUUAACAUUUUGCUUCAUUUACAGUCACUAAUUGAUCCAAACCUGCUGUCAUAAUACUCUUUUGGUGAUCAUUUAAAUAAUAGUAGUGGUUGUCCAAUGGUUAGGCCCUAUAAGGGUUCAUGUUAGCUCGAUGAUUAGGGAAAACUGGAAAGGACUUUAGAAAGCUAUUCCAAUCCACUUACCUCACAGUUGAGGAAAUUGAGGCCCAAAGAGAAAUGACUUCCCCAAGAUCACAUGGCAGGUUUUAUCUCCUAGUCCAACUUCUCUCCACUUUAAAGGAAGGAAUAAAAAUCUCAGGCAACCGCCUUUGACUCCUAGGUUGCAUGUUUUAUACCAGGUAAAAUUUUAAUACUCAGUUAAUCAUACCAGUGGGAAAAAAAUCUGGGCUGCAAGUUCAGAGAUGUGUGUGUGUUGGUCCUUGGUUUUGUCUGAUUUACUAUGUGACCUUAAGGAUAUCACUUCUGCUUUUUGAACUGGAAUUUCCCCCUCUAUAAGAUAAGGGAGUUGGAAUUCGGUGUUCUAGGUUCCUUCCAGCUUUGGAGUUCUGUGUUCCACAAUCCCAUUCCUCAGCUUUUCGAGAUACAUAAGACUUUACUGUAUUUGGCAGUAUGUGUAAGAAGUAAGCCCUUGGAUGGAUUUCUAACUUAAAACUGUGUGCUGGCACACAUGAUACUAUGUUCUGAUUAGACCUGAGGCACAGAGUCCAACUUAUUAAUGUAAUAUAAAAUGGUUCAUACUUUCUGACCAUCCUAAGGCUUAUUCGUGUCUGUGUGAGGUCAUCAGAAUUCCAACUGAGCCACUAGUUUGCUUUACUCUUAAAUCAUAGUUAAAUUUUCCAUUCAUCAGUCCAUGUGAUAACUCUGGAAUCUCACCAUGACUGAGACCAGGUUGCACAAAGAUCCAUCUGCUUAAUUAUACUCAUUAGAGCUCCUUGGAAAGGGGGUCCAAGACAGGCCCAUGUUUAUAUAAAGCAAAUCUCUAAGGUAGACCUUUUUUCCUCUGUGCCUUGUUAACCCCUGGGCAUGUCUUGAACCAUCUUUUCCAAACAACCCUUCCUAUUCUCAUAGACUCCUUUAACAUUGUAUGCUGUUCCAAUUUAUCUUGUCCAUAUGGGAAGUGUGGAUUUGUUUUUUAGGAAGUUUCGUGUGGGGAUUGGUAGAAAUAAUAUAACGAGUUCUUUUAAUGGGAUUACAGCAAGUUAAAAAGUGAUUGACAACCUUGAAAAAGUAGUGGUUCUUUAGCUUUGUUGAUCUUGAAUUGUGCUGCUUAGAUUUAGAUUUAUAAUUGCUAAGAAUACUAAAACUGCUAAAGGGCUUCUGACAGUACAUUUGAAGAUUUGACUUGAUUUAUGAUAGCCCCGUUCAUUUUCUUGUCUGUAAACAGAUAGAAAUGCAUGUUCUAGGCUAUGUGACAGACUCCAAAGACAGGUUAUGCUUCAUCAGAUGUUUAUGGUCUUGAAUUUCUGGCUCCUGCCUUUUUGGACAGAGAAUUAGCCUCUUAUAAGGUGACAAAUGAUCAAACCCGAAAACUUGAGGAGUUCAAGAAAAUGAUUGGUCUGUAAUUUGUCCCUUUGGCAGAAGUUUACAAACGGGAGUGAUGAGAAGGGCCUGUCUUAAUUAUUGCAGAAAAUAAACUUGCAAGCAGUUUUGAGUGAAAUGACUGUAUUGGUCUACAAAACUUGACUAGGUAGAGGUCCUUUCUUAUCUCUUCCUGAAUGUAUACAGAAGAAUUUGAUUAGCGAAUUGAUUUGUAUGCAAAUAAUUCUGCUAAUGUACCUUUUGGAGUACUUCAAUAGAAAUGCCUCAUAUGUGCAUGAUGCUGUGCUAAGCCUGCUGUGUCCCUGUCCAAAAAUCUUAAUUUAUUGUGAAGAGUGAAUAGGUAUACAAGAGAAUACAAAUUAAAGUAUGAAAAGUGCCUAAGAGGAAGAUAAAGAGCUACUAAAUAAAAUGUGGGGAAGGUCUGUUAAACUGUUAAAAAGGUUUAAGUAUUUUCUGUUGUGGUUUUUUUCCUUCUCUUACUAACCAGCUUGGUAUUUGUAGAUCAGGUUUAAGGUAACCUUCAACCCAGCAUGCCCAAAUCUAUGAUAUUCCAGGUAUAUUAGGAUUUGCUGAAUAUUUGUUACCCAGUUUGAGACAUAGUCAUUUGAACAUGUUUCUGAAUCUAUAACCUUUUACUGAUCUACUUCCACUACAAGCUCAUUCCUAUCCCUACCAUGUUCUCUUGGCUCCUAAGGAAGGUGGCAGCGGCCCAGUUUAUAUGAUCUUUUGUGCGAUGCCUGCGAUUCCAUCUCUGUUGACCCCCAUAGGGAAAGUGAUUGAAACUCAGAGGCCAUAAGUAAAACAUUGAAUAAGUGUCAAAGACCUGAGCUGCUUUUCUAAGCUCUAAGCCUUUUUCUUAUAAAAUGGGCUUUUCCUUCCUGGUUCAGGCAGCAGCAGACCAAGGAGAGGCUGCAUGACUAUGUUCCUGUCCAGACUUCUACAAAACCAAUAGUGAUGCAAAACCUAGACUGGCCAAAAAUUUUGAGUCUCCCUCUGCCAACACCUUCAGUAUCACAGGGACCUUAAAUAUUCAAUAGCUGUUAAAGCACCUAUCAUGUAUGUACAAAGUCCUGGAGGGGAGAUAGGCUGUAAGAGAAAAUGAAAGGGACAUCUCAUCUAACCCCAUCUUUUUUUUUUUAAUUAUUGAAAGCUUCUUAUACCACUUACUUGGAAUUAAUGGGACAAACACCCAUCAUAUAGAUGAAAAUAAGGUACAGAGAGGUGAAAUGGUUUUUUCCCUAGGUUAUAUAAGUAAAAAGCUGGGAUUGGAACCCAGAAUCCUCUUGACUCCAAAUUUCUGUUCUCCAUGUUGUGGUGUUUCCAAGAGACAACUCAUACACAUAGGCACUUCUAUACAAAGUAUAUAUAGUAUGGAUGAAAGGCAUUAUAGGUACAUGGUACUUUUCUAUGGAGGAUCAUUUAGGGUUGGGGGCAUAUAAGAAUUCCUAGAGGAGGCAAAAUUUGUUACCUGGCUUUGAAAGUAUAGUAAACAUUCCAACAGAAGGGGCUGUAGAAAGGGUAGCAUUAGCCAAAGUGUAGGAGUGGUGAGGAAGUGCUACAAUAUACAGAAGAGAUCAGGUGGUUCAUUUUUGCAGAAGAGGAGAACCCAUGGAAAGGAGUGCUAUGAAAUGAGGCUGGAGAGGUAAAGAGUACCAUAGAGUGGAGGCCUCUCAGCACUGGACGGAGAUCGCUAGACAUGACUAGGUUUUUACUUAGGGAAGGUGGCAGCAAGAGCAAAAUGGUUUGGGGGCGGGGGGAGGAUGGCCAUGUAAACACCCUGUUACACUAUUUUAGUGUUCAAAAAUUGAAGUAAUGAUCCUUGCCCCUGUGUUAGGGUGAUGAACUAAAGGGGAAGUCAGAAUGGAAGCACUGGGUCCUUGUGUAGUUUUGUAGAGAACAGAAAGGGGUGUACUAGAUUCAGAAAACUGCCUGAUCCUGUGUUGUUUUGUUUUUGGUUUUUUUUUUUUUUACAAGACUGAGCUUAACCUGUAAGGGUCUUUAAUGCCAGUUAUAUUAAAGUACACCAGAAUUCCUUAGUAGUCAGGGGAUUCAGUCAGCAAACCUCAGGCAUGUAAAGCUUAUUGGAAGGUGCCCUGGAUCUGGAGGUGAAAGGCUUGGCUUCAAAACCUGACCGUAGCUCCCCUGACCUUAUGGGGUUUUUUUGUUGUUGUUGUUGUUGUUUAAGUGACUUGCCCAAGGUCACCCAGCUAGUAAAUGUGUCAAGUGUCUGAGGCCGAAUUUGAACUCAGGUCCUCCUGACUUCGGGGCCGGUGCUCUAUUCAAUGCACCACCUAGCUGCCCCGACCUUAUGUUUUAAAUGUGGAUGUAGCGAAUGGUUCAAUUCUUAGGUUUCUCCUGAAUCUGGUCGAGUUACUGUAUAAUUCUCUAAAUAGACGGGGACCCCUGAGUAUAAAGUCCUAAUACCUAAAAUACCUGUUUGAAAGGAAGAAAAUUAGUAUCCAGUAAUGAAUGCCUCAAAACAUCUGUGGUUUUCGGCCAGGCAAUGGCAAGUUUCUUUGUAUCGAAAGGAGGCGGCUGGCUGAGAAGACUUAUUCUGAAUCCUCUGUGACGUCAGACAAACUUUGUAAAAUGGGGGUGUUUGCACAACCUACCUCACAGGGUUGUUGUGGGGAAAGUGCUUUGUAAACCUUAGAGUGUCGAGUAAAUGAGUUGUUAUCCCUGUGGGCACUCCUUCCACACAUGCAGAUCAAGUAAGGGCAGGUCUACAGGAGCUUAAUCAUCUAUUGGCAAAACCUGGUGAUAAGAAUGCACUUGGGCUGUUCCUCAGACAACAAACACAGGUUCUGAGAACAACAAAAAAAAAACCUGUGCCAUGGUGAAAUGUUGGAAGAGGACUUUAGUGAAAGACUAAAAAUUAAUUGCAUAAAAUUAUAUUAAAUAAUAUAUACGUGCUAUGGGGAGUUUGAGGUUUGGGUUUGUUUUAUUUUUUGAUGGGGUUAGAUUUUUGUUUGGAGGGUUUGGGGGGAUUUUUUUUUUUUAACAUUUUCUACUUACAGUUAGGAUCACAUGUAAUUAUCCUAUUAAGAGAACUAAUCAUAGAGAAGAAUACUAAAAUUUGAGAGAACUCAAUCUGGUUUCAUAUGCGUCCAAAUUAGGACAAUUUCAGAAAAUAGCUUUUGUCUGGACCCAGUGUAGUUCUUUGUCAUUGUUUUAUAACUUAAUGAUAUGCAAAUAACAAGUAUAGUUGCAUGUCUAAUUAUCUUGAAGCUUUAAGUCAUUGAAAUUCCAAACCAGAAAAAAAAAUGACUGAUUUUUUUUUUCCACAGCCUAAAAGGUUUCUCCUAUGUUGACUACAUUUCAUUCUGUAUUGAAGAAUUUACAGGUCAAAUCUGUAAAAGACAGCAUUUGAAUGUUGAGUAGGAUCUUCAUUAAUUUCUAUUGGAUGACAUUUGUGAGUGCCACAUGAUGUGUCAGGAUCAAGGAAUGCACUUUUUUCGUUACUGAGGGAAGGGUAACUACUGAAUCAUCCAACUGAAUUUUUCUUCCGAAAUCUGGAGGCUUUUAUCACCUGGAAAUAGUAAUGGUUUGAUUAGUUAAACCAGGUCAUGGAGAAAUUCCAUUUUUAUCCACUUUCUGGUGACUACUACAGGCCACAAUUCAAGGACUCGAGCGGUGCAUCUCCUGUGCAUUUUUCCUUUAAGCCAUUUCUGGAAUUUUCCUUGGUUUGUCAUUAGCUCAUAGAUUGUAGCUGCAGAAAUACUAUAUUUGAAACAUCUGCAUCAAGCAUUCAGAUGACUUUGCAUCAAAAGAAGCAUUUAGCUAUGACUCAGUUCUAAGCAUCAAGCAUGUAUAACCUGGCCCUAUAAAGUACAAUAAAGAAAGAAUGUUAAGAUUU